GAAACUGCGUCAGCUUCAGAUCCAAUGAAGAAAGAUGUAAUUAGUUUGAUUAGAAUACUCAAUAAAACUUAACUAUCGUUUAAAUUGCAAGUUGACUACUAUUAUGGGGCAAAGUCGCACGUAUGGGUUACACGAGUAACAUAAUGACUCCACGUGAUGUGAACUGGAGUCAAGCUUCUUAUGUCUGCCACUACCAAAGGAUAUCAAUAUUGACCGCGUAAAUAAACAGUUAGAUUUUUUGAAAAGCUGUUGAUAGUAUAUGAAAUCUGCCAGAUUUUAUAAUAAAAGCAAGACUUUCUUCAUUUAUAGACACUAAGUUAGGCACUUAGGUAGGUUAUUGUCCACGAGGUUGGCAAUGACAAGUAUUAGAAUUGAAAGAAGAAGAAGAAAAAAAAACAGUUUGAGAUGAAGAAAAUCAAACAAAAGUUACACGUUCUCACGGACUCUUUGAUUACCGUGUACUUAUAGCGAAUGAAAAAGGUUUGACUUGUAUAUCAUGCUGCCAUUUUACUACUAUUACAAAGGAAGCAGUAACCUGUGUUAUUUAAAGUUAAAAUAAUGUUGAAGCAUGUGAUUAUGAGAGGUUUUAUGAAAAUCAAUGCAUUGGCAAAUUUUAUAAAAUAAGCCAAAGAAACGCCUAGAAUGGUAUCCCACGAGCUCUAGAGAGAACGGAACGGGAAAAUAGCCGAACAAAUACGCUUCUCCAAUCCACCAUUUGUAGUUUAGUCAACUUUACAGCCUUUACACUCGAGUUUUUAGACUCUAUAGGAAGUCAACUACAAAAAUUGGACCUGGGCUUUUAAGUCAUAAUCUUGGGCUAUUUAUAGUGGGCUACGAUAUAUUUUGAAUUUAGAAAAGUAGAAAGUGAAGUCUGGCGGAAAAGAGUGGAACUUCAAAUAAAUUUUCCUCUAAUACAUGUCGAGUCUCCUAACUCCAGAUUUAUUCUCUGUUCCGUCAGUUUCUUAUAUUCAACGGUAAUGCACUAGUCUCCUAACCACAGAUUACGUUUCCAUAUUCGAUUCGCCAGCUUCCCUUAUUUAUAAUUGAUUUAAAAUGCUUUCGAGUAUUGUGUUGUUGAGAUUGAUUUGAUCUGAUCAGAUUUUCGAAUUCUAGUUCCGGAUUAACCAAACCGGGAAAUCGAUUGAUUUUUAUAAACCGGUUUAGUCGAUUUUCUGAGAUGGUUAUACAUCCAGAGCUCAAUCACCGUCGUCGAACAAUCACCGAUCAUGGCGAACCACCACCACAAAUCAAUAACCACCACCAGAAAAUCAUCAUCAUCAUCAUCAACAACCGUCUGCUGCGAAGGAUCUCUAUCAGCAGCCAUCGACGUCAUCAUCCUCCUCGCAGUCAUCACAUCCUCCGCCUUCUUGAUCUUCCCUUACAUCAGAUUCAUCGCCCUCAAAUCCCUAUCAAUCUUCUCAGACCUCUCUUCCUUACUCAAGCAAGAGAUCAUCCGCGACCCGGACCCGAUCGUGCACGGGCUAAUCGCGUGGAGCGUCUUGUGCACGGCCUUAUCCGGGUUGAUGAUUGUUCUGAUACUGUGUAGUAGUCGUCGUAGAUGUGGGAAACCUAAUUGUAGAGGGCUUGGGAGAGCUAACGCUGAGUUUGAUAUUCAGAUUGAGAGUGAGGAUUGUUCUGUUAAGAGGUUGAAGAGUGGUGUUGUUAGUAAGAAGGGGUUGUUUGAGGUGGCUCGUGAUCGGCAUCGGGAGUUGGAGGCGGAGUUGAAGAAGAUGGCUCCGGAGAAUGGUAGGGCUGUGUUGGUGUUUAGGGGGAAGUGUGGGUGUUGUGUUGGGAGGUUGGUGGUUCCUGGGCCUAGGAAGAUCAAGAAAUGAUUAGCUUAUGAACAAGUUGUUAUUUUCUGGUUUAGUUAAUUUGAAAAUUUCUUACAGAAACUUAAAAUAUGUUAAUCUCCAUGUGUUUAAAUAAAACCUUAGAAAGAGGAUACUGCGGAGAAAAAAAUAGUUUCUACUUAAGAAUAGUGAUUUCAUUUUGAAGUCUUGAAUGUGUUGUGGUGUUUCUUGAUUCUGUGGUUUUUGUUCCAA